AUGGAGUGUGCCAGUCGUGGUUUGGCGUUUCACAGCUACCAGACUUCUCAAGAGAUCAUCUACCAAGAGCACCUUGCGAAAGGCCUGACAGAGAAGUACAACACGCUGAGCCAGCAGAUGGACCAGCUUAUACACGAGGCGAAUUCGCAGAUCCAGGCAUUGCAGGACAAGAUGCAGACAAUGCAGGGAGAGUACUCUGCGCUUGAAGGGAAGAACCAUGAGCUCAGUGGCGCUUUUGGCCAGAAGGCUCGAUCGCUUGGACAGAUUACGAAGCUCUACCAGGCUUUGAAAGCUCAAGUCAUGGCAUCUCAUGUCGCGCAUGCUGCCGGCAAUGAAGCAGAGAUCACACUCCAGACGGCUCGCGGCGACCGCUUCAUCGAUAGGUUACCUGGCAUACGAGCUGGCACCGCACAGUACAGUCAAACGGGUGUGAGCCAGCGGGUUGGCGGUGGUCGACCGCACAACAGGGCUGAUAGCAGGAGCUCCGGCGACAGUGGCCAGCAUCGACAAGGCAUAGGACUGAGCCAGCACUAUGCGCCUCACCUCCAAGGCCAUGGUCUGGGCAACAGAAUGGGUUCUAGUCGUACGUUCACUCAGAGCCUUUGGUGA